UGUGUAAAACGCAAUAUUUAACGUGAAUAAUAUAUAACCAACAAUUAUUUUCAACCAAACACUGUAUAAAAUAUAUCGAAUAUAAAUCAUGAUUCCACUUAUUGUUCAAUGGGGCACAAAAAGGCGGCCAUUUUUUUGAAUGUAAACAAAAAAUUUGGCCGUUGUUACUCGAGAUAAGAGUAAGGCUGAGGACGCACACCGACCAUAUGUUUGUUUUGAAAUUCAAGAGGUAAACUUUUUAAUUUCUUUUUUUUUGAUCUACGAAGUAUUUAUUUUAACACAAUUUGCUACAUUUACUAUAAAACUUAAAAAUUAAAACCUUGUUUUUAUAGUGUUUUAAGUUUUGAGUUUAUCGGUUUUGUUUAUAUCUACAGCUUUUUUUUGCCUUUUCUUUAAUAUUUUUAUUUAUGCACGCUUGUUAGAUCAUGGAACAAGGCGCUGGUGGAAGUUGUGGACGUGGCCGGGGUGGUCGUGCAAGGGGUGGUGGUACCCGUGGUCGUGGGCGCGGUCGUGGGCGCGGUCGUGGGCGCGGCGUCUGUGCUCGUGCGCUUGAUUUUAACACUAUUACCGAGGCGCCUCCAUCUGUUGCCGGACCAUCGACAUCUAUUGCUGAUGAAAUAAAGCGAUAUAAACGCCAAAAAACCGCAGACAAAAAAAAUAUGGGCCGACUGACGCCAGAGCAGCGAGCACGGCUGCAGCACCUACGGGACAUCAAACAAGUCUCGCACUUUUUGAUGCCCGACGCUCCUCCCGCCAAAAAAUCCAAAAAAUCGUCUCCGGUGAGAGUGCCGUGUCCCCUUAUUCCGGGGACUCCAGAAGUCCCGCCUGCACGGAUUCUCCAACCGUGGGAGCUGAAUAGAAGAGCUUCUGUAGUAGACGUGAGUGGGCCUAGCAGAGUGGUGGACUUAGAGCAAGUGGUCUCCAGUGAUCGGCUGACACCGCCCCCAGCAACAACUCAACUCGUAUUUACUCCCUCUUCGGGAGUAGUGAGAGUUGCGACGGAGGAUGUUGGGGCCAUAGGAACCAUUGUGGAGUCCACCAUUCAGCUGAUAGGCUUCUCCCCAAGCACGUCUACUACAGAUUGUGCACUCCAGAAUGUGGUGUCUCCAACACCUUCGAGUAGAGCAGAGCCUUCUAUCUACGAGGACGUGGAUGACCACAUUUUGGAGUGGGAACGGUCGGCGGGGCUUUACCCGGACAGCGACAUGGAGGAGGAACCCCUGUUCAAUGGGCUGAGCAAUCGCGUGGGGGACGCGGCCUAUCCCGCCGAGGAAGAAUUGAGCAGCGAUCUCAGCGAGGCGCUGCUCAAUUUGGAUCGUCGUGAUGACGAUGCGUUGCGGGAGAUAGCCAACGAGGACAUGUUGCACUUUAGUUGGUCGCAUGAUCCCGAAGUUUUUACGGGGCAGCGUGAGAUAUUUACUGGGGAAGCUGGGCCUACAUUUCCAGCUGAUGGAAUGUCACCAUUCCAAAUUUUUUCGAAAAUUUGGGACGAUGACAUCAUCAAUGUGAUAGUCCGAGAAACAAACCGGUACGGCGAAAUUCUCUGCAGCUCAGAAAACCUCUCGAAGUCGUCACGACUGAGGAGGUGGACGCCCAUUACACCUCAGGAGUUGUGGACGUACUUCGGUAUUCUGAUGCUGCAGAGCAUUACGCAGCUCCCUGUAGAGAGCGAGUACUGGCGCCCAUGUUUGCCUUAUUUGAAACUGGGAAACUUCGCUGACAUAAUGUCCUUCCACCGGUUUGUAGCCAUCAAGAGGUGUUUGCAUUUUAGUAAUAAUACUCUUGCUGCCAGAGGAAUCCCAAAUAGGCUCACAAAAAUAAGGCCUAUAAUUGACCAUUUAAACAAAAAAUUUAGCUCUUUAUACCUACCUGAGCAGCAAAUUGCUAUCGAUGAGUCGCUCCUCCUAUGGAAAGGGCGGCUCUCUUUUGCACAACUGAUUGCAAAUAAAGCUGCUCAGGUAGGUAUAAAGAGCUAUGAGCUCUGUGAGUCUAGGACGGGAUACCUCUGGAAAAUGAUGGUAUACACCGGUAAGGAAGGGCAUAAUGUUGGCCACGACUCUCGGGAGGAGUCGCAAGCCGUGGGUGCUACAUCCAAAAUUGUCCAUCACUUGGUACAGCCUUUAUUAAAUAAAGGCCAUACCUUGGUGAUGGACAAUUUUUAUAAUAGCCCUCUUUUGGCACGCACUUUAAAGUGCCAAAAGACCGACGUAAUCGGCACGUUGCGCCUGAACCGAGAGUUCGUGCCCGAAAGUUUACAGCGUAAAAAUAAGGCAAACAUGCGCACAGGGGAAGUGGCUUUCAGCCAAACUAAAGACAUCACGAUUGUGGUGUGGAAAGAUACCAAUGUGGUAUCUAUGAUAUCAACGUACCACAAAGCAGAAGUCGGCGGAAAAGAAAAAUACGGCUAUUUUAAAUAUAAGCCCAAAGUGGUUUUGGACUAUAAUCUUUCUAUGGGAGGCAUUGAUAAAAAAGACCAAAUGCUGCAAGCAUUUCCCAUAGAAAGGGUCCGAAACCACAUUUGGUACAAAAAGCUUUUCCGCCGGCUUCUGAAUGUAUCGAUCCACAACACAUUCGUGAUGUUCUCGAGUGUGGUUCCAGCCAUGAGGCAGCGGGCGUUCCGAGUACGAUUGGCGGAUGAAAUCUUGCAGAAGUUUUCUCCGCCAAAAAUACAGGCGCCUCCGGCCACCAACCACUUCCCUGCCAGGAACGCCUCAAAAAGAUCACGUUGCAAGUGGUGCGCACUACAAAAAAAAGACACAUGCACAGUGUGGAAGUGCGACACUUGCAACGUGAAUCUGUGUAUACAGGGUUGUUUCAAAGACUAUCACAUGGCUGUGUAGGUCCAGUUUUUUGGGAUAAUCUGGUAAACGAACAGACGGAUUACCUGAAGGUAAGCAAUCGGCGCUGGCCAUGGUCACCUGAAAAACACCAGUAUUUUUUUUGUGUGUGGAGCAAUCAUCCAAUCCAAGGUGCCUUCAAAAGUGCCUUUCUGGUCUAAUUGAAAUAAAUGAUUUUGACUUUGACUUUGACCAAUGACUUCU